AUUUAGGAGAUUAGGAUAGUAAAGAUAUAAAGUUGUUUAAAGCAAAAAUGUCGAAACAUUUCUUUGAUUGGACUGAUUAUUUAACAAUGUUUACCUUGCUUGCUGCAAGUAUUGGAAUAGGAAUAUUCCUAGCUUGUACAGGAGGAAAACAGAAGACUACUAGUGAAUUUUUACUAGGAGAUAGGAAAAUGAAUCUUAUUCCCGUUGCAUUAUCCUGCAUGGUCUCCUAUUUAUCUGGUAUAUCUAUACUUGGUUACGCUGCCGAAGUAGCCUACUUUGGAACUCAAUUAAUGGUUGGAAUUUUUGGGCAAAUAGUAGGAGGUGUCUUCUGCGCUUUUACCAUUGUUCCAUUCCUGCAUAAGCUUGGUUAUCUAAGUAUAAAUCAGUACUUAGAGGAGAGAUAUCGGUCAAAAGUCGUAAAAUACAUAGGAACUGGAACUCAGAUAAUUAAUGCACUAGUUCUAAGUGGAAUAAGCCUUUUUCCGCCAAGUGUUGCUAUACAUAGAGUCACUGGAAUAAGUGUAUGGUCCUGUGUCGUUAUUCUGGGAAUUACAUGUACAUUUUACACAACAUUAGGAGGUAUCAAAGCUGUAAUUUGGACUGAUGUCAUUCAAACAGGAUCAAUUGUUAUCGGUCUCUUAGUGAUAAACAUCAGGGCUUUUCUUGCAGUUGAAAGUUAUGAUUUAAUUAUUGAAAGAGUGAAAGCAUCCGGAAAAAUAAAAUUUUUCGAUAUCAAUCUAUCACUGUUAGAAAGAUUUACACUACCAGCAACUCUUGUGGCAUACUUUACAGUUUCCUUCUUCUUUAACGGAUGCUCACAAACCGUUGCGCAAAGAAUAGCCAGCGUUCCAACUCCUAAAGAUGCUAAGAGAAUGAUCCUAUUGUCGGCCAUUUCAUCAACAUUGUGCGUGAUACUUUGCUGCACGGGAGGACUUGCUGCAUAUUUCUAUUACGAAUCAAUUGGGUGUGAUCCUUUACCAUCCGGUAAAAUUAAGAGUACAGAUGAAAUACUUAUAUAUUUGGUUGGAGAUAUAUUUGAUCAACCAUGUAUCCUUGGCGUUAUUAUAACAGUCCUUAUUUCUGGAACUUUAAGCAAUAAUUCAUCGGCAAUGAGUAGUAUUUCGGCUAUUGUUUGGAAUGAUAUUCUUAUGAAAUUCUUUUCUAGAGUAACUGAAAAGACUAAAGCUUUGAUUAACAAGUUAAUAGUUGUCAUUUGUGGUGUUUUGGCAAUAUUGAUGGGUAUAACAUUUUCAUACUUGAAAGGAACUUUACUUAAGAAUACUAUUACAUUUAUGAGUAUUACUUGGUUGCCUAUAUGCUCAUUUCCAUUGGCAGGAGCCUUUUUCCCUUUUAUAUCAUCUAGAUCUAUAUUAUUGGCAAAUUUCCUUAGUUGCGCAUUCAUUUCUUGGAUUUCAUUGGGUUCUUUUUUCAACGCAACUCAAUCUAAGCCGAUAACUUUUAGUACGACAAAUUGUACUAAUUAUACAGAGCCUACAAUAUCAUCAUUCCUUAAUGAAACCACAUUCGACGACAGGUCGAUAGUUCAGAAAUACUUUUACGGAAUAUCCUAUAUUUGGUACCCGGCACUAGGUCUUAGUACAACUAUAAUUUUAGCCCUCCUCUUCUCGAUAAUCCCUUUGAUGAGAGAUAGGAAAGUUGAAAAGAAAUACGUAAUAUCCUGGGUAAGAAGAUUCAUUAAAGACUAUGAUGAAGAAGUCCCACUAAAAUAGUGAUGAAAAGAGAAAAGAUACUACUCAUCCUAUAAUAGAAAUCAUAUAGAUAAAAAGAAAUUUGAUAGAAAAAGCAAUUCGAAAGAAGAAUAAUAAUUCUCACAUAAGAAAGCAAUUUUGUGUGGAUAAAGAUAUAACCUUGAAAUUCUUUUACAAACAAAUCCGAUAUUGUUUGUUACUUUCGAAAUUGAUGGAAAUUUCGUAAUAUUAAGAAUUUUUUUGUAUAAAUGUUUACUUCCGGCUAUAUAGGAGUGGUUUUUAUGAUUUAUAUAAAUUUUCAGUGUUUGAUUUCUGUUAUAUAUUGACUUUAUCUUUUUGUUUUUUCUCAAAGAAACAUAUAUACUUAUAAAUAUAACAUUACCAAAUCCUAAUAUAAGGAUGAAAAACAAUAAAGAUCUACAUAAGGUAAAGAGAUAUAAGUAUGAUUGAUGUUAGGAAAAGAAGAAGGAGAAAGAGUAACAUUUAAAAGAGAUAAACUCUUUUCUUUCAGUGAAUAUUUUGUUAAAUAAAUACCUAAGAGGGAGAGAGAUAGUAUAAAAUUACAAAUGUAUUUUUACAAUGGUUGCCAGAUGUUUAUGAAAUUCUACAAGUAUAUAUAGAACGGUUAAUUCAACAACGCAAUAGUUCCAAGGUUUGUCCAAUACGAGGAAGUUGUGGGAAUAAAAACUAUCCAAUUAUGAAAUAUUUUCUGGUGUUUAUUGGGGUUGUAUUCUUCAUUUCUGCAGUUGUUGAUUCUACUGGGAGGAAGAGGAGAUUUUCACCACUCUCAUCUUGUCUUUUUAAGGGAAUUAUUUUCAGGAGAGGCGACAGAAUCCGUUUUGGAGAUGAUCUUAUUGAAUGUAAAUUCAAUGGCUUUUAUUCUUAUUUUGUAAAAGUUACAGAAGAAGAAAGUUCUGGUGAAGUUGACAGACCAAACUGUCCUGUUCCAAGUUGUAUGUAUCCCUAUCAAGCCAUAUAUAUGGCUAACGGAUGCGAAGAAUGCAGAGUCGUACUUGAAUAUUAUAAAUAGAACGCUGAUGGAAUAUCUUUUAUUAAGCGAUGAAUAACAGAAGUAAGAAAAGAUGCUUGAAUAAUGACUUUUGAACUUUUUUU